UUGUCGAAUAGGUGGCAAAGGAGGCAAAGAUGAUCCAGAGAAGGCACAUCCAUGCUCUACAAGGGCUGCUGAAGUCCUCACAAUCGCAUAUUUUCAAACGGACCCUGAAUCAUCCUCCCGAGCUGUUCUAUAGAGUUGUGUCCGAUGUCAACGCGUACCACGAGUUCAUACCUUAUUGCACGAGAUCGUUCAUCAACAAGUACGACGAAACCACCCAGACACCAGUGGAAGGUGGACUGCGGGUUGGAUGGCGACACGUCGAGGAGGAGUUCGUGUGUAACUUACACUGUGAACCGCAUCACCUCGUGAUUGCUGAGAGCGUCACACACUCGCUCUUCGAGCAUCUCUACACCAAAUGGACCAUUUUACCCAAUGCGAGAAAGAACUCGUGUGAUAUGGAGCUGGAGCUGAAGUACAAGUUCAAAUCUGACUUCUACAACAAGAUGAGCUCGCUGUUUGCCAACAGCGUCAGCGAUUUGGUGAUAAAGGCAUUCGAUAAGAGAGCAGCGCAGCUGAGAAGACAGGAGAUGAGAACUAAGCUGUAGGGCCUUGCUACAUAGACAAUCGUAUAGAGUCACACACCAAUAUUUUGUAUAUAUCCUCUCAUAGAAGGUG